UUGAUGGUCUUCUCAAAUAAAAUUUUACUUAUAUUAGAAAUAAUAUAUAUAUAAAUAUUUACAGUCAACACUAUUUACUUUGAUAUCACCAGUUUCAAUUGUGAAUUGUAUAUUAUAAUAGAUAGAUAUGGGUACUCAAAAGAAGGAAAGACAAAGAAGAGUCAGGGAGAAUGACACCAGAGAUGGUAACCUUCGUGUCAAGGGUGAAAAUUUUUAUAGAGAUGCUAAAAAGGUGAAGCAUUUGAAUAUGUAUAAAAGUGGUAGAGCUACUCGUAAUGCUAAAGGUGAGAUUAUCAGAGCUGCUGAUUUACAAAGUACUGAUGCUCCUACUGCUCGUGUUGAUCCUAAUAGAAAAUGGUUUGGAAAUACUAGAGUGAUAGCUCAAGAUGCUUUAACUCAUUUCAGAGAAGCUAUGGGGGAUAAAAAAAAUGAUACUUAUCAAGUUUUAUUAAGAAGAAAUAAACUUCCAAUGUCAUUAUUGGAUGAAAAGGAUCAAACUGAAUCUCCAACUGCUAAAAUAGUUGAAACUGAACCAUUCUCUCAAACUUUUGGUCCAAAACAACAAAGAAAGAAACCAAGAGCUGCUGCAUCAAGUUUAGAAGAUUUGAUUCAAGGUACUGAAACUGAUGGAGUUGCUUAUGAAGAAAAACAAGAGUUAGAUGCCACUUUAGGUUUAAUGGGUGGUUCUUUCCUUGAUAAAGAAGAUUAUACCCAAGAAGCAAAAGAAGCUAUUUUCCAUAAAGGUCAAUCCAAGAGAAUUUGGAAUGAAUUAUAUAAAGUCAUUGAUUCAUCUGAUGUGGUGAUUCAUGUGUUGGAUGCCAGAGAUCCAUUAGGAACAAGAUGUGAAUCAGUUGAAAAUUAUAUCCGUGAUGAAUGUCCUCAUAAACAUUUGAUUUACGUGUUGAACAAAUGUGAUUUGGUCCCAACUUGGGUAGCAGCUGCAUGGGUUAAACAUUUAUCUAAAUCUUUCCCAACUUUAGCAUUUCAUGCCUCAAUCACCAAUUCAUUUGGUAAAGGUUCAUUGAUUCAAUUAUUAAGACAAUUUUCAUCAUUACAUUCUGAUCGUAAACAAAUAUCAGUAGGGUUUAUUGGUUAUCCAAAUACUGGUAAAUCAUCAAUCAUUAAUACAUUAAGAAGAAAGAAGGUUUGUACUGUUGCUCCAAUACCCGGUGAAACUAAAGUUUGGCAAUAUAUUACUUUAAUGAAGAGAAUCUUUUUGAUUGAUUGUCCAGGUAUUGUGCCACCAUCCCUGAAAGAUACUGAAUCAGAUAUUUUAUUCAGAGGGGUUGUAAGAGUUGAACAUGUUUCUAAUCCUGAACAAUAUAUUCCUGAUAUGUUAAAAAAAUGUGAAAGAAAACAUUUAGAAAGAACUUAUGAAAUUAAAGGAUGGAGUAACUUUGAAGAAAAUCCAGAAUUAGUAGAACAAGCAAGUAUAGAAUUUAUUGAAUUAAUCGCUAGAAAACAUGGUAGAUUACUUAAAGGUGGUGAACCUGAUGAAAGUGGUGUUUCUAAACUUGUAUUGAAUGAUUUCAAUAGAGGUAAAAUCCCAUGGUUCGUUCCACCACCAAAGGAUGAAGAAGAAAGAGAAGCUGAAAGAGAAGAAGAAAAAGAAAAUAAGAGAGCUAAGACUGAAGCUGCUGAAGUUGAAGCUGCCGAAGCUGAAUAUCAAAAAGAUGCUGAAUCUGAAACUAAAAAAGUCCAAGAUGAAGCUAAAGCUGAAGAA